AUGCUUGGAAAGUGUUUGGCAACGAGCCUUUUUCUUUUCUUUUUCUGUCUUACCUUGGUACUUUAUUACAUUGAUUUCUGGCACUACUCAUUUGAUUAUAGAAUUCCAAAACUGAUAUUGUCGUCGUGCGGUUGGAAUUAUGAGUAUAAAUUGAACCGGACUCUUGGACCCUCUCUGGAGUCCUUUAUUCAAGCAUCAAUUACCGACGAAGGCAGAGAGCUUCGUUUUCCCGGACUGGCAGUAACUUCGACACUCAAAAAUGUGUGUCAACCCCUCACUGAUGUGAGCAAAGCGAAAAUACCAGCAAACAAGAUCGCUCUCGUCAUCCUUCUACAUGAAGAUGAAACUGCUUGUCCCAUUCGAGACUUGGCGCUAGAGGCUCAGAGAGCAGGGUAUUCUGUUCUAAUAUAUUUUGCAAACUCUUCCAAAAUCAGUACAACCCCAAUAGAAGUGCCAAGUAAAGAGAUUUUACUAAUCCCGGUUUUGGAAGGUUCAUUUUCUCAACUUUUCAAAAACGGCGAUAUGAUUCCUUGGUGCACUGGUAGAACCAAUGUGGAAAUCAGCGUGCAAGUUGAUAAACCGCGUUUAAAAGAACUUGACGCAAUGAAAUCUUACUUUGAAAAACUUUACUACUGGUUUCUUGUGGGGCCAAUCAUCACACUCGAGUGGAUGAGACGGACAAAGAAAUUCUGUUGGCAUUCCGGACGACAUGAAAGAAGUGAAAAUCCAUUAGAGCCGGAAGCGGAAAACCAAGUCGAGACUGAUGCUGAAAGACAAAGUCGAACAAUGGAGGAAGGCGAGCACAGAACUGGGGAGCCAGUACAGUUAUUAGCAUGCCGAGAAAGACCUGCUGAAGAACAGCCCCUACUAAGUGCCGUAAGUAAUGACUCUCGUGAUAACAGAUGUCGUCCUCAAGGAAGUGGUUCUCUCAAAGAACACCACAGUGUUUGUUACAAAGCAGCGAUAGGCUUUGGUUAUCUGAUUCUUAUUUUAGCAGCUCUCCCGGUAGGUUUGUCUUCUAGUGGACAAUCCUUUUUUAGAUUUGAUGAUGGAGACAUUGAUAUCUUUCCUCUUGGGUGGUCACCUUUUCAGAUAUUUUGCUUUUUCUUGUACAGUCACCUUGCCUGUAGAAAUCAACGGAUGUGGACAUGGACUAUUUUCACAAAUUUUUCAAAAUUAAUCCGAAAUGACUGGUUCGCUUCGAACAUUUAUUUGCUAGUGUUGGGUGUUGUUGAGCCAUUUUGCUCAUUAUCAGGUUCCGUGCAUAUCAGAUAUUUCGUUCUCUUUGCACUUUACAAUUCCAUAAACACAGUAUGUAAUUUUCUUUUUUUAAUCAUUCUAAACAAGCACAACUACGUCACGCGCUACGUCUUCUACAUCAGUGUGUGUAUGAUUUGCGCUUACAUCGAGAGCGAUGUUGUUGCUUUGUUUUAUUUUGCACUCAAUUCGAAAGGAUCCUUACAAAACGUCAAACUCACAGCCAUCCGAACAGCGGCAAUUACUCUCACAUUGAUUGUAAGUUUUAGGACCUCUAUGCAUAUUAUCCGGAAACUUAUCAAGCCAAGGCAAUCACUGUUUGAGGGACUUGGUGAACAGUGA